GUUGAUUAUUUUGGGUACCAAAAAAAAUUCAGGAACGAUGGCGUUUGGGUAGGCCACAUGCUGUCCGGGUAUUCUCUGAUGAUGGAAGACCCUGGAGAAUCAAAAGCACCAACGAAUUCAGUGAUAGUCGGUGGAACUUGGAGAGAAACAAUCAGAGUUGCAUAUGAGACCACCAAAUUGGCUUUCCCUGGAGCAGAAGUUCUGGCACAUCUUGAUCACAAGAGUUUCAAGAGCUGGCAAGGAAGUGCCAUUACAGGGUUCUUAGCAGAACAGAACAUAAAGAUCGGCAAACCGAGGAUUCAGGAGUUUCAAGAGCUGGCAAGGAAGUGCCAUUACAGGGUUCUUAGCAGAACAGAACAUAAAGAUCGGCAAACCGAGUGA